UACUUAUAUGGAUUUGAUAGUCACCUCAUCAUUCUAAUCCUCUCUCUCUAUCGGAUUCACAACAUGUGUUCAUAAUCUAUUCCAAUAAUUUCCAUCUCUCAAUUUCUCAACUUUUUACAUGAAACAAAAAUGAACAACUUGGAUUCCUACCCUCCAAUUCUCCGCCAACAAAACAACCAACAACAAAACCCUUAUGAACCAAAUGACACAAUUGAAGACUCAGAUCCUAUUCCAACCAUAGAUCUUAAGUGCUUAGAACACAAAAAUUUGGAUGAGGCUUGCAAGGAAUGGGGUCUAUUCCGUUUGAUUAAUCAUGGUGUUCCAAUAACCCUUUUGGAACAACUUCAAGAUUUAACCAAACAACUAUUUUCUUUGUCCUUUGAGUCAAAACAAGAAGCAUGCAAUGAAAGCCCUAUCAAAUACUUUUGGGGUACCCCUGCCCUAACUCCAUCUGGGACAGCUAUAACAAAAGGUCCUCAAAAUAUCAAUUGGGUUGAAGGUUUUGAUGUGCCAUUGUGUCAACUCUCUAACUUCCAACAUCAACUUCCUUCACUUGAGUCCAUCAGGCUUUUACUAAUGGAAUAUGCAACCCAUCUUUUAAGAAUUGCUACAACAUUAUUUGAAGCAAUGGUUAAGAACCUUGAGCUGAAUCUGAAAACAACAAAGUCAUAUUUAUCAGAAAACAAUGGCAACAUACGUGUCUAUCGUUAUCCACCCACUGAUGUUGGUUGGGGCAUGGAGGUUCAUACAGAUAGUUCAGUGUUGUCCAUAUUGAACCCAGAUGACCAUGUGAGUGGACUUCAAGUUCUUAAAGAUGAUCAAUGGCUCACUGUAAAGCCAGUUUCCAACACAUUGGUUGUCAACCUUGGUGACAUGAUGCAGGCGAUUAGCAGCGAUAGAUACAAGAGUGUGUCACAUAGAGUGAAGGUAGAGAAAGAUAUAGAGAGGAUCUCACUAUGCUACUUUGUGUUUCCUGGUGAAGACGUUGUGAUUGAGAGCAACAAGUACAAGCCAUUUACUUACAAUGAAUUCAGGGCACAAGUGCAACAAGACAUCAAAACUCUAGGAAAUAAAGUUGGGCUUUCAAGGUUUCAGAAGAAGCAAGGCUAGUUGCGGAGGCAUUCUUUUUUGGUCACAAAUGUAAAUGAGCAGUGUUUGUCACACACACAUAAAAGUUUUUCUUUAAAAUACAACAUCAUUUUAUUAUCGAUUUCUUUUUUAUUAUUAGAAAAAAAAUUAUGUGUAUAUGCUCAAACACUGUUGAUUUAUGUUUGUGACCAUAGUAGAAUUUCGUGAAGAAGACUAUUAGUCAAUCUAAGUGAAGAAGACUCUUAGUUAAUCUAGAGGAUUGGUCUGCCGAAUUAGAUCGUCUUUGGAUCGGAUAUCGAGUUUUUAAAAAUAAUUAAACUGUUUUUGCUAUAAUGGAUAUUUUUUUAUAGUUUUAAA